CACAAUGAACAGUAUUUGUUUAUGAAAUACAAAGCAUUACGCAAAAUAAUAGAAACAUAUUUUUGCCCUAUUGGCAAUCAAAAUGAGCACAGAAAAUGAUUUUAAUGUGAACAAAUUAUGGAAGUCAUUUUAUUCAGAUGUUCUUGUCUUAUCUAUAUCAGUUGUGAUAUUGCUUUUUUCGUGUGUCCUUAGUGUCCAUCUCAGUAUUUUCUUUGGGCUGAUCAUAAGCUUUUCGUUUGCGGCUGGUUGUACGUCUAUUAUUGUUGCAUUACAGCAUAAAGCGAGCAUAGCAAAUUACUUCCAAAAAGUGCAAAAAUAUUUAGGUUUGAAACAGGAACCAAAGUCCAAACCCAUAGACUGUGAUAUAUGUGGCAUUAUCAAGUGCAAUCGUCACUUGACGGUUAUACCUGAUAGAGAGCCAUGGCGAAGACUAUUUAUUUCGAAUGAAUUAAAUGAAGCAUUAGCCAGCUUUUAUACAAAGAUACUGAAUGCAUUCGUUGAGAGUUGGUUUUCACUUCUGUCAAAAAACGAAGAUUUCGUUACUGCAUUGAAACAUAUUCUGCGUGAGGCGACAUGCCGCUUAAUACUUAAAAUUAAAGAUUUGGACAUUUCAAAAAUAAUUGCAUACAAGCUGCUACCAUGCAUCUUAAAUCACCACGAAAUUGUUCAGAAAAUGAUAAACAAUGGUGUAACUCUGGAUAAACUUGCGGAUCAAUUUUAUGUAAAUGAGUAUCAGAUUCAUCCCGCCGUUCGAAAUCGUCAAUCCGAAUUGGAUUAUUUGCGUGCUGUUGCCAGAUGCUUAUUGCCAAGGAUUUGUAUCAAUCAAAAUCUCGAUAGCAAAGUAUUUUUCAGUCUUGGACGUGAAUUGGUUGCCUGUUGGGUGCUUUUACCAUUGAUGGACGUGCUUGCAAAUCCAAACUGGCUCAAUGCAAUGAUAAUUGAAGCGACCCAAAAACGAUCCGAAAGCUCAACAAAACUGGUUGACUCAAAAGGUGAUAGAGUCAUGUUUUUGACAAAUUUUAUCGAUAAAACCAAUGGAAAUGGCAUAAUAUUAUCUAAAGAAGAUAACGACCAUGCGUCAAAUCAUGGAACUGACUUUCUGACCGAUCAACAUCAGUUGUACAUGUUUAUGCAAUUCUUAAAACGAGAAGGUGCCGUUGACAUUCUUCGAUUUUACUUGGACGUGGACAGUUUGAAUGCUGAAUUAAUGGAUCCAAAGAUCACAACCGAUCCGGCAAAGCUAUCUUCACUUCAGCAACAAUCGGAAACUCUUUUAAAAGCAUACAAGGCUAUGAUGGAGCGAGAUUUCAAGAAAUCGGUAGAGAGUCUGGCCGAAGCUCAAGAAGACGUAAAGAAAAGUUUAAAAGGCAAAUGGCAACGUGCAUUCCACCAAACUCCCGAAUAUUUCAAAAUGACUUACGGCGGACGUGAGAUCUCAGAAUCGGAUGAACCAAAAGCAACUGAUGUUCAAACUGGAACCGUAUCUCGAUUUAGUUCAAAAUUGAAAGGUGCAAUACGAGGGGCCAUCGACGGGGCACCGUUAGAAGCUACUGAGGUUCCAACGGUAUGGGACGCUUUCGCCACAGAUGAACCGCAGCCAAAUAGCUCAAAUUUGGCCGGUAAUUCAACAAUUUACAGUUCAGUUACACAGAAAUUGCGAAAAGAGCGCGGUCAAAAUUUGGAUGCAUUUAUCUGUAACUUCAUGCAAUCCAUUGAACAAUCAACAGACGUUGGGGAAGAUGUCAUCGAAAUGAAAGAGACUAAACCAAAUGAUAUAAAGCCACAUCCACCUGGUGUGUCUUUGGUAUUCGGUGAUCUUUUUGGUGUGAAAUUGUCUUUCAAGCAGCCAAACAAAGAAGCAUUCGCUCAGCAGAUGCGAUGGCUCGAAGGACCGUCAGAAUGUUUAAUUUACAUUCUAAUGCACGUUGUGGAUGUGAGCCGAUUCAUUGUUCGUUUCAUUCUGGGUGUUAUUAAUAUAUCGAAAUCCAUCGUUGACUCUCUACUAUGCAAAGGGAUCGAUAAAUUGCUACAAAUGGCACUGUAUGAGCCGCGUUUAACGCUUUUGGUGCGAACGGUCGAUGAACAGUUAUUUGGUAAAGAGAAGAAAACCGAUCCAAGUUUCACGGAGUUGCUUGAACAACAACGGCAAGCGAGAAAUCGUCUUGCAAAAAUAUCGCCAAAACUUGCAAAUUGUGCAGACAUACUGCAGUCACCCAUUUUAAAUAAACAUCUGUCAUAUUGUCUAUUAGAUUUAAUAAUUGCCGAACUUUAUCCAGAAUUGGCCAAUAAUAUGGCCAAAAAUUGAACCAGUUACAAAUUACCAAAAAUAAUGGUAAAAUUCCGCUAACUAUUUUUUAAAUAUGUGUUUAUAAUCAUGUAUGAAUCUCAAAUAAAAAUCCAAUAAUUAUAACGAAA